AUGGGACGAAGUUUCACUACUUUCUCAUGUCUAUGGACAUUAGAGAAGACGCAUCAGGUGACAGAAGAAUCAUUGAAUUGUACCAAGUUUACGAAUCAAAAGGAGAAACCUCAUAAUGUGCAAGCACUUGACCAUGAAUUACAACUAUCACCUCGAUCACAGCUCCAUGUGAUAUCACAAAUCACUCUGCAAACAGCGAAGCGGAAGAGAACUUUCCAACCUGCUGCUACAGCUACUAUGCAAAAGAGGCACAAACAGACGGAAACGUCAAUGCAGUCGGAGACAGAACAACUAGCUGCUGACAUGCUGGACUGGGAGACUUGUAGCGAAGGUGAUUUAUUUACAAUGGAUGCUGGUGGAAUGGAGACAGAUGAAUGGAUUUAUGAAGAAAUUAAUGACAGUGACUUUGAGACACGUUUACCUGUAGAUUUUAAGGUCAAUAGAAAUAACAAACGACUUGUAUCGGUUAUUAACAAUGACAAGCACUGGAAUACAAUGGAAAGCGUCAUCUGCAGGAGUUGCAAUCGACCAUAA